AUGGCGAUGGCGGCGGCGGCGUCGGCCGCUGCCGGCUGCUGCCGGCGGCUGAACGGCGAGAACCGGGCCUGGGGUCGGGAGCUGCUGGCCGCCGUCGACACUUUCCUGCUGGACUGCGACGGGGUGCUGUGGGACGGGGCCCGGGCGCUGGCCGGGGGGCCGGAGCUGCUGAGCCGGCUGCAGGCGCUGGGCAAGCGGGUUUACCUGAUCAGCAACAACGGCAGCAGCUCGGCGGGCGGCCUGCUGGACAAGUGCCGGCGCCUGGGCCUGCCGGUCGGGCCCCGGCAGCUCUACAACACCUCCCGCUGCUCGGCCCUCUACCUCCGGCAGGCCCUGGCCCCGGCCCCGCCCGAGACGCCCCGGGGCCCGGUUUACGUGCUGGGCAGCCCGGGCCUGUGCGCCGAGCUGCGGGAGGCCGGCCUGCGGGUGCUGGGCGGCGGGCAGCAGCGGGAGGAGGAGCAGGAGGAGGACCCGCAGGGCGAGCCGAGUCCCCCCGGCAUCCAGGCCGUCCUGGUCGGCUUCGACGAGCACUUCAGCUUCAGCCAUCUGGCCCGGGCGUGCAUCUACUUGCGGGACCCCCGCUGCCUCUUCCUGGCCACUGACCCCGACCCCUGGUACCCUCGGGAAGGAGGGAGGGUGGUUCCAGGCACUGGGAGCCUGACAGCAGCAGUCGAGGUGGCAUCGUGCCGCAAGGCCAAGGUGAUCGGAAAGCCCAACAGGUACAUGUUCGACUGCAUUGCCAAUGAAGGAGAAGGUGCCAUCGAUCCCUCCCGGGCACUGAUGAUCGGCGACCGUCUGGAGACGGACAUCCUCUUUGGUGCCAACUGCGGGAUGCGGACGGUGCUGGUCCUGACUGGCGUCUCCACUCUGCAGGAUGCCCAGGCCAACAUGGUCAGCGACAUUCCACACCACAGAAAGAUGGUGCCUGACUUCUACGUGGACAGUAUUGCCGAUUUCCUUCCCCUGCUGAAAGACUGACUGUGAAGAGGGGAGGAGAAGACUUGGUGCCAGUGGCCCUCACACAACUCUAUAGUCAGGUGGUUUUGGAGCACCUGACAGCUGCUUUUGACAGACUGGCAUCCCUUGCAACCUUUCCUUGUGGUUUGUCGGAGAUUGUGAAGAUGCCUUGGGGUUAAUUGAAUAGCCGAGCUUUGGCCGUCUAACUGACGACCAGGAGCAGGUCCCAAAAAUAAUCAAGCGUUACCUUUCUGCUGUUGUUUAGUAAUCACUUAAUAAAAGUGCUAAAUAAUGCUCGUGAUUCAUUACAA